AUGUUUCCUCCACAGCAUCCAGGCUUGCUCGUUUCAGACAGCUACGAGCUCCCACAACGCACCGCUCAUUCAUCUCACUCAGAAACCACCAUCGCACCACACCAUGAGGAAAAACCAUACCACCACAAAGAUGUCUCCUUUACCCAGCGUCUUCGUCACUUCACAUGGGCUUGGUAUACCCUCACCAUGAGCACAGGCGGUAUCGCACUCCUCAUCGCCAAUCAACCCAACACUUUUCCCGGUCUCCAACAGAUCGGUCUCGCCAUCUACUUCAUCAACCUCGCCCUAUUUGCUCUCGUAACCUCCCUCAUGGUAGCCCGAUUCAUCAUCCAUCGCAACUUUGUCGACUCACUCGCCCACGAGCGCGAAGGCCUCUUCUUCCCAACUUUCUGGCUCUCCAUCGCAACCAUGAUCACCGGUCUCGAGAAAUACUUUGGUGAAGAUCCCGCCCACUCCUUCUCCACCACCAUGGCGGUCCUCUUCUGGACCUACUGCGCCUGCACCUUCGCUGUGGCCGUCCUGCAAUACUCUUACGUCUUCACCUCCAUCAGCUACAGACUUCAAACCAUGAUGCCCUCCUGGGUUCUGCCCGCCUUUCCUAUCAUGCUAAGCGGGACCAUCGCCUCCGUCAUCGCCGCCCGCCAGCCCCCAGACACAUGCAUCCCCAUCGUCGUGGCCGGCAUCACCUUCCAAGGUCUUGGCUUCUGCAUCAGCUUCAUGAUGUACUCGCAUUACAUCGGCAGAUUGAUGGAAUCUGGCCUUCCGAAUCGUGAGCACCGUCCAGGCAUGUUCAUCUGCGUGGGUCCGCCCGCGUUCACGGCACUCGCGCUCAUCGGCAUGGCACGCGGAUUGCCCGAUUCAUUCGGCGUGAUGGGUCGACCGGACAAUGCGUCUGAUAGACAGGUGCUGGAGACUUUGGCCCUGGCGGCGGGCGCGUUUCUCUGGGCCCUCAGUUUGUGGUUCUUUUGCAUCGCGCUGAUUGCCGUGGUGCGGGCUCCGCCUACCGCGUUCCAUUUGAGUUGGUGGGCGAUGGUCUUUCCUAACACUGGGUUUACGCUGGCGACGAUCACCCUGGCCAAUGCGUUUGAGAGCAAGGCGAUCAAGGGCGUGGGAUCAGCCAUGUCCAUAUGUAUCGUGGCCAUGUGGCUGUUUGUCUUUGUGAACCAUGUGUUGGCGGUGAUUCGGUGCGAUAUCGUGUUUCCUGGCAAGGAUGAGGACGUGAGUGAAUAG